AUGGAGAAAACAGACAUCCAACCUGAAAAGACAGAGGUCAACCUCAAUCAUGUCGAGAAUGAGGAAAUGGCAGUCGACAUUGCCGACCAAAAGUCGGCCUACGGAGAAAAGACGUUCACGGGAGAGGAAGAAGGAGGAGGAAAAAUCAAAAAGUCGGCCCUCGAAAGGAGACUGGUGCGGAAACUAGACCUCAUCAUCGUCCCCAUUGCCGGACUGAUGUACUUUACGGCAUACAUGGACCGAAACAGUAUUGGUCUUGCCAAUGUUCAAGGCUUCUCAAAGGAUCUCCACCUGACGGCGAAUCAGUACUACAACUGCUUGAUGAUGUUUUUCGUCGGAUACACCCUCUUCGCAUGGCCAGGAAACAUUGGCCUCAAAUAUGUUCGACCCAGCUGGAUGUUUGGGUGCUGCUCCCUGCUCUUUGGUGGUUUCCUGGUUGCAAUGGCCGGAUCUCACAACUACGCGACGCCCCUCGCAUUGAGGAUCUUGAUCGGAUCUGCACAGGCAUUCAUGCAAGGUGUUGGGCUGUACGUUACCCAGUGGUACAAGAGAGAUGAAAUCGCCACGAGAUCAGCCAUCUACUAUGGUUGUGCCACACUUUCAGGCUCAUUCAGUGGUCUCAUCGCGUACGGUAUCCAGAAGAAUUUGACCCUAGAAGCCACGGGCAAGGAAUCCUGGAGAUGGCUUUUCAUCAUCGAGGGUACUUUGGCAAUGUUUGUCGGUGCCCUUGCGCUCUUGUUGCUGCCAAAUUUCCCCGAACAACAGAGAGGGAAGAAGCAUUGGUUGUAUCGUCAGGACGAAAUCGAAGUGGCCAUCAACCGUCUCAGAUCUUACAACACGGUCGGAGCAAAGGUCGACCUCAAGCAAAUGUGGGCAGCAGCAAAAGACCCCAAGUGCUGGCUCUUUGCCAGCGCGAACUCUGGUGUUGCUCUUGGAAUUGCAUCUGUCGGCUUGUUCCUGCCCACUUUUGUCAAGGAAUUUGGUUAUUCGACAGAAAGAACACUCCUGUUCACCAUCAUUCCCUACGCGUGUGCGCUGGUGGUGACCCUGACCGUGUGCUACAUCGCCGACCGGCGCAACAGCAAGGGUCCCUACCUGAUCUUCACCCUCAGCGCCGCCAGCGUCGGCUACAUCAUCCUGAUGAGCGUGACCAACGACAGCGCGCGCAUGUUCGCCGCGUGCCUCAUCACCGCCUUCUUCUACCCGUCCGUCAUACUGCUCCUCUCCUGGCUGGGCGUCAACAUCGCCGGCUUCACCAAGCGCGGUACCACCUGGGGCGGCGCCGAGAUCUUUGGCCAGUGCUUCUCCAUCCUGGGCACGCACAUCUACGACCAGCCGCCCAGGUUUAUCAAGGGCCACGCCAUCCUGCUCGGCUUCCAGGUCUACAGCAUCUUCUGCGCCGCCAUGCUGAUGUGGAUCAUGUCCCGGGAGAACAAGAGGAGGGACGCUGUCGAGAGGGAAUAUCGGGAGCGCGGGGAGGUGCACCCACAUGCGUCCAAGUCUCUGGAGGAGUUGCAGGACCUCCAUAUUUCUUUCCGAUAUGUCAUAUAAAGGAAUGUCAAUCGAGGACGGAAGCUUUUGUGUUUAGUACUUGCGCACUCGGUGCUGCUGGCAUCUGGAACACGGAUGAAGAGCCUCAAGUGCCAAAAAGGGGCAGUAAGCAGUAUUAGCACAGCAUGAUACGCAUAUGAUAUAGCACAUAUCUG